AUUUUUCUCUGCUUUUAAUUGUUACACUUUCGUGUUUUUCUUGAAAAAAAAAGAGUAAGGCCCUUUAGAAACAAAAUGGCGGUGAUCUUUCCCUGAGGAAAAAAGAAAAAAAAAAACAGGGUGGUUACAAUGGUUGUUGCUGGUGGCGGUGACAGCGGCGGCGGUGGAGGUAGCUGCUGCAUGAGGUGGUGGCAGCAGCAUAACCGAAACCAUUAUCAUCACCAUAAUUAUAAUGGCCAUUGUAAUGGGAAUAGUAACGGUGGUGGCGGAGGGGGUGGAAGGGUAGUGGCGUCGGGAUUUGUGUUCUGCUUGUUUUGUUUUGUUAUAUAUGGGUUGAUCGCGGGGUUAUAUGGGUGGGUGAUUUUGACGCCGUCGUUUUUUACAUAUGAGAGAAGGGGCUUGCCGUGGCUUGGUUGUCAAGAAGAUAAUGAAGGUUCGUGGUCAAUUGGUCUUUUCUUUGGUCACUCUCCGUUCUCUCUCAAACCCAUUGAAACGGCUGACGUAUGGAGAAAUGAGAGUGCAGCAUGGCCAGUAGCUAACCCAGUUAUCACCUGUGCUUCAGCUUCUGAUUCUGGUUUUCCUAGUAAUUUUGUGGCUGAUCCUUUUCUUUAUGUUCAGGGAGAUGUAUUUUACCUAUUCUACGAAACCAAGAAUUCUUUCACCAUGCAAGGGGAUAUCGGGGUUGCAAAAAGUAUUGACAAGGGAGCAACAUGGCAACAACUGGGCAUAGCCUUGGAUGAGGACUGGCAUCUUUCCUACCCUUAUGUCUUUAACUACCUUGGCCAAAUAUACAUGAUGCCCGAAAGCAGUCAGAAAGGAGAACUUCGUCUGUAUCGAGCAAUUAACUUUCCAUUACAGUGGGAACUGGACAGGAUCAUCAUAAAAAAGCCCCUUAUCGAUUCCUUUAUUAUUAAUCAUGAUGGAGAGUAUUGGCUUUUUGGCUCAGAUCACAGCAGUUUUGGAACAAAGAAGAAUGGACAGCUGGAAAUUUGGUACAGCGACUCACCUCUCGGUCCUUGGAAACCACACAAGAAGAACCCUAUUUAUAAUUUUGACAGAAGUUUGGGGGCUCGUAAUGGGGGCAGGCCAUUUAGGUAUAAUGGAAAUCUUUAUCGGAUUGGUCAGGACUGCGGUGAAACAUAUGGACGACGGGUGCGCAUCUUCAAGGUUGAAGUUCUUACAAAGGCCGAUUACAAGGAAGUUGAAGUCCCAUUUCUCUUUGAAGAGUCCAGGAAGGGCCGGAAUGCUUGGAAUGGUGCUCGCUACCAUCACCUUGAUGUGCAGCAGUUAGGUUCUGGUGAAUGGGUUGGGGUAAUGGAUGGGGACCGAGUACCUUCAGGAGACUCAGUCCAUCGUUUUCUUCUUGGCUGUGCUUCUGUUGCGGCUGUUGCUGGCCUUGUUGUGUUAUUGGGUGUCCUACAAGGAGCAGUGAACUGCAUUAUCCCCCUAAACUGGUGUGCUGAUUACUCAGGGAAGAGAAGCGAUACUCUUUCAGCUUGGGAAAGAGCAAAUUUGUUUUCUUCAAAAGUGAGGCGGUUUUGCAGCCGCUUGAAUAGAGUACCUUCAUUUCUAAGAGGCAGGAUAAAACCAAACACUUAUACUGGAAGAUUAGUUUUGGCUCUGGUGUUCGCUAUAGGAGUUGCACUUUCUUGUGCAGGGGUUACGUUCAUAUAUGGAGGCAAUGGUGCAGAAGAACCUUACUCAUGGAAGGGUCACUACUCUCAAUUUACGUUAUUAACAAUGACAUAUGAUGCCCGUCUCUGGAAUCUGAAAAUGUAUGUGAAGCAUUAUUCAAGGUGUGCUUCAGUAAAAGAAAUUGUUGUGGUUUGGAACAAAGGGAUACCCCCUAAGUUGAGUGAAUUCGACUCAGCAGUGCCUGUUAGGAUCAGAGUGGAGAAUCAGAACUCACUCAAUAACCGAUUCAAGAUGGAUCCGUUUAUCAAGACUCGUGCAGUUCUUGAGCUUGAUGAUGAUAUAAUGAUGACUUGUGAUGAUGUUGAGCGGGGAUUUAUGGUGUGGCGUCAACAUCCAGAUAGGAUUGUGGGGUUCUAUCCUCGAUUUGUUGAUGGGAGCCGAUUGGAGUAUAAGGGUGAGAAAUAUGCCAGAAGGAAUAAAGGGUAUAAUAUGAUUCUUACAGGGGCUGCUUUCAUGGACAGUCAUGUAGCCUUUAGAAGGUAUUGGAGUGAGCAAGGUAAGGAAGGGAGAGAAGUGGUUGACAAGUAUUUUAACUGCGAGGAUGUGCUUCUGAAUUUCUUGUAUGCAAAUGCAAGCUCGUCUAAAACUGUUGAAUAUGUGAGACCUGCUUGGGCAAUAGACACAUCGAAAUUUUCUGGUGCCGCAAUCAGCCGAAACACAAAAGUACAUUACAAAGUAAGAAGUGACUGCCUCAUGAAAUUCACUGACAUGUAUGGUAGUCUGGCAGGCCGGAGGUGGGAAUUUGAUGGGCGGAAGGAUGGUUGGGAUUUAUAGUGAAACAAAUAGCUUUUAAGGCCAACUUCUCCACCUGCCCUUCCUUUUGUUCAUCUUCUGUCAACCCUCUUGGUAAAUUCGUGUACCCUCUCACUGUGAAUUGUUCAAUUUGUUAUUUUCUUUUAUGGGGAACCUGGUUUGAAUGCACUUAAAUAGGAGGUUGUACAUUAAUCUUCAGGUUUUGUUUCUGAAUAGGAAAGGUUUGUGAAUGUUCUUCAAGUA